GAUCUUGGAGUCAGAACAACGAAGCAAGAGCUCUGUAAAGAAACUCAUCCACGAAGCCAACGCUUUGCACCUCCCGGAAGAUCUUCAUCAUGAGACAGUCACUCCUGUCCAUCAUCUUCGCUGCAGCACUCUUAUUUGAGUGCUAUUCUCUGUCCAUGGCAUUACCCAUGGGCAAGACUGAAGAGAGCACCUUAGAGCAGGAUAAUUUUGCCACGCUGCUGAGCGAUGACGUGACAGAAAACAGCUUCAACGAUGCAGAUCUGGUCGCUGCGGGCAAAGCCAGAGGGCCGAGGGUAAUUGUCGUCGCCGACCCAAGCCUGUGGCGGGACCUGCGGACACUGAACAAUGGACUGUCCCUCUACAAGCGGAGGACUGACGACAACAGCCAGGUCAUCGAACACAGAGGCCCCAGUCAGGACGUGAGCAUCCCCAUCCUGAGGAGGGACACAAUGAGGUGCAUGGUGGGACGAGUGUACAGGCCAUGCUGGGAAGUCUAGGACAGUUUGCUCUGCCCAUCAAGGCUCCAAAACAGAGGAUCACUGCCACAUCCUUUCCUGCCUUACCCUUGUUGUAUCAUAAUCUAAAAAUCUAUAUAUCUAUAUUUAAAUUAUUGCAGUUAUGAAAAAUAAAAUAAAUGAA